AUGUAAGUACAAUCGAUGGAAUGCUAUUUGUUGUCAGUAGAUACAUGCGUUCUGGCAAGUCGGUCUGGGAUUAGCAUGAUCUCUGCUGUCUAUAAUCAUGUUUAGACGAGAUAUUGUUUGUGUGAAUGAAGAUGAGACAGCGACACGAAAGGCCUUGAUGUUUUAGACACAACCGAAAUCAAAUGUAAGAUAUGUUGUCGGAACGUUGUGUCGUGCUUUGAUUUAGGAGUUUUCAGUAUGAACAGUUCUGAGUGUUCGCACACGCUGUUUGAUUAACUCGAGAUAUGUUUGCAUUAGGGCGGAUUUACUGGGAUUCUAAAGAGAUUUGGUAGAUCCAAGUGUUCAUACACAAGUGACAGGUUGUUCUGUGUAUUAUUAGCCCCUAGUAAUGGUAAUGACAUGGUGUAACUGUUGACAUUACAAAGCGACCAUAUUUAGCAGACGACAGUUGUUAUUUCAGAAACAUUGGAGAUUUAAAAUGUAAACUUUCAACGGCUCUAAAAUCAAAGUGUUGGUUUUAACCUUUUAUCAGUGAGGACUCUCCCAUGGAUAGCAAAGUAUUGACAAACAAUGUCAGGACUUGCAGUAAAGGGAUCGACGGCACUGAGGACCAUGGAGAAGUAUGAAAACCUUGGUCUGGUUGGAGAGGGGAGUUAUGGUAUGGUACUCAAAUGUCGCCACAAGGAGACUGGUCAACUUGUUGCUAUCAAGAAGUUCCUGGAAAGUGAGGAUGAUAAAAUGGUCAAAAAGAUUGCUCUACGUGAAGUUAGGAUGCUUAAGCAACUACGGCAUGAUCAUCUAGUGAACCUUAUAGAAGUGUUCCGGAGAAAAAAGAGACUCUAUUUAGUGUUCGAAUUCGUGGACCAUACCGUUUUAGAUGAACUGGAAAAAUGUCCAAAUGGCCUGGACGAAAACACAGUGCGGAGAAUUCUCUGGCAAGUGCUGAAGGGAAUAGAAUUCUGUCAUGUACACAAUAUCAUUCAUAGAGACAUUAAACCAGAAAAUAUUUUAGUCAGUAAAUCUGGGAUUGUCAAAUUGUGUGAUUUCGGAUUUGCACGAACAUUAGCACAGCCUGGUGAGACAUACACAGACUAUGUGGCCACAAGAUGGUAUCGGGCCCCUGAACUCCUAGUAGGGGACACCAAAUACGGCAGAGCUGUGGAUGUGUGGGCGAUAGGGUGUCUGUUAGCUGAAAUGUUGACGGGAGAACCACUCUUUCCUGGCGAAUCCGAUAUAGACCAACUUUAUCACAUAGUCAAAUGUUUUGGAAAUUUAACUCAACGCCACAAAGAAGUGUUUCUAAAUAACCCUAUGUUUGUUGGGAUGCGGACGCCAGAAGUUCGAGAGGUUUCACCUCUAGAAAAGAAAUUUACGAGGAUAUCAUCAUUUUCACUAGAUGUAAUGAAGCAAUGUCUACGACUGGACCCAGAUGAUCGGCCGAGCUGUUCACAGUUGCUGAAGCACGAGUUCUUUAAUAAGGAUGGAUUUUGUGCUCGGUUUUCUCAGGACUUAAAACAGAGAGUACACCGUGAAAAUAACAACAAUCCACUAAUCAAAUCUCAGUCAAGUGAAAAAGAGGAUGACAACAAGGAUGAUUCUAAGACGUCAAAUUCCAAGAAAAAGAAAAAAUCUGACAAUAAAGAUUCAAAGGAUGGAAAGGGCUCAAAGCAAGAGAGUGAGGACAAACAAAAAAAGAAAGUGUCAGAUUCUGAGAAAAACAACAAAAAGUCUACUUCAAACUAUGUCAAUGGUACGGUGAACAAUGUGAGUCACUCCAAGUCAGGGGAGACAAGUGAGCAAACAGACUCAAAAGCAGACAGAAAGUCUGAUAAACGGACAGAAAAAGAAAAUGUGAAACAUGACAAAGAGUCAAAGUUGGACAAAUAUGAAAAAGACAAAAGUGAAAAGGAUAAGUAUGAAAAAGAUCGCCACGAUAAAGAGAGUAAACACGACAAAGAUAGACAUGAGAGUAAAGAUAAGCAUGAUAAGGAGAAACAGGACAAACACGAUCGACACGAGAAGGACAGAGAAAGGGACGGAGAUAAUGGUCAUCUGAAGGAGACGUCUGGAAUGAUUCCGCCCAUCAACAACACAGGUCAAACCAUCCAUCUGUCCACCCCACAGUCAAUGCCUUCUAUUGGAAGUCCAAAUAUGGCCAAUGUUUCAACAGUAAACAAUGUGCACAUAUCAAGUCCAUUGGGUAAUGCCCCCUACUCGGGGCCUGCUCCACUGAGAUCUCAAGACGUUUUCCGACACGGAGUAGCCCCCGUGCGACACGACAUUCCUAGGGUAAGUGACAAAGUGAUAAAGAAAACAUCGAGCAACUUCACAAAGAAGACGAUGCUGACUAAUCACCAUAGUAACACGAUCAGUCCUCAGCCACUCCAGUCAGAGAAGAGCUUCCUACACGACAAGUCCCUGACACGUGUUAAGGCUCACAGCCCAGACAAGAAGGAAAAGGAAAGUCUUAGUUUACCAGAACUGAAGGGUGCUGAAGCUCAUCCAACAAAGAUGAAGUUGAAACAGCGUUCGACAGUGGCCACAAUACCGCACAUCACAAACCUGGAUCCUUUUAAUGCUAACACAUCGGGUCAGAGCGAUGACAGAGAUGGAAACUUGCCAGCUGUAUGACAAUUAACCUUGUAUGGAAAUAUUUAAACAUGGACCUUAAACUGGGAUAGGUCAGAGGUGGACAUUGACUAUAGGAACCGUUACCAUAGCAACAGAAAGGUGUGACUGCUACUGAAGGAGUUAGUGGGAAAGAAACACUGCAAGCAAAUCAAUGUUUUACAGUCGCUUAGAAAUUCUUUGAAAGGACAUGAAGAGAGUGACUAUUUGUAAAAAAAGUGAUUUUGUUUACAUGGAAAUCAUUUCUUAUGAAAUGAUAAAGUGACAUUCCCAGAAAGUGAAACUGUAAUUACAAAGUAAAAGAAGAUGACCAUAAAUAUAAAAAAAACAGAUUUUCAGAUUAUCUUGAUGGUUUGUUUGCACUGGCUAUAUGUUGCUAAAUAUCGUUUCACAAGUGCAUCAAGUUGUAAAGAUUGUCCUGUGCGAUCUGUUUUAUGCAAUUGUUGUCAAAAGAAAUCUAAUAGAUUGUCUUUUUUGAAACAUGAUAUUAUUGUAAUUAAAAAAAAAAAUUCUAUUGAUUUUAUCUGGAUGAAAAAUUUCAAUUUUGCAGAAAUGAAAAAAAAUCAUUGCUUGUGUAUGGGUUUCAGUUCAGCCUCUGUUUUGUUUUAGUUUCGUGUUUAUAAAUUUCCAUACAUAUUUUGGCAGCAUGGUGCAGUGGUUAGUGCUCCAAAUGCCAUGUCAUAGGGCCAGAAGUUUGCCUGGCACUGCUUUAAUUGCUGUCCAUAAAAUAUUUUAAUACAGUAUUAUUUGGUCUAGUCUACCGAGCUGUAGAAAUUGAGAGUAACAUAUAUCUGUUCAUUUGUAAAAAAAAUGCUGAUUCUUGAAGACAAUAAAAUAGGCAAACUUGUUUUAACUGUGUCCCUUAAUCAGUAAGGGUAAUACAAGGAGCUUGGUCUAGUCUGCCAAAUUGUGAAUAUGGAAUGAAUUAACUCUUGACAUCCUGAAAUGUGAAGCUGCUUGAGGCCAAACUUCUCGUCAAGGGAGGUAACUAGGAAUUGUAUUAUUCAUGAGUGUAAGAAGGGAGAUAAAUCUAGCCUUUUAACAAAAAUUACAUCAUUUGUAGCUCACCUGAACAUUUGCCAUGGCACAGGGUCUGUCAACUCUCUGGCAUCAACUGUUUUAUUUAAAAAAAAUUCUCUGAAUAACAAAAAGCCCUGAGGUCAUAUAUGGCCAGUGUCAGUAAGCAUGCAGGGUUAAAGAUAUAUCAAGUUUGUUCAUAUGGAAGACCUUUCAAGGUCACAGGGAUCAAAUUGAUUAAAAUCUUUACAAAUUAUUCUGCGUAGCCAAAAGGGGUAGGGUCAUGCUGUUUGGCCAGUACCGUAGUAAUAUUCUACAAUGAAGGGCUACAGGAAACAAAUAAAUUAAAACUUUGGUCUAUUCUAAUAUAUUCAACCUUGACCUACACUGUUGUGUGAUGUAGUUUUCACGCAGCAUUAAAUAACAGGUGUGGAAUACAGGCCCAGUGGUCCUCUUGUUAAUCUUUUCCUCUAGGAAAGUCUGUAACACCUGAAAAAAUCACUCCAAGGCUGUCAGUUACAUGUUGGGGUGUUCUGUUAAAUUGUUGAUAUAGAGUAGAUAUUUUUAUUUUCCUAAUUUAUUUUGAGUUUCUGCGAACAAGUCUUUCAGUUUCUAAUAUGAUAAAUACUUAUGGUUGCUCACCAGUUUAGGUUUUGCACACAUUUUGUUUAUAUUUAUCAACAUUCCUAGUCCAAUUUAAAUCCGUUUAAAGUCGUAAUUAGUCAUGUAACUAUUAGUUUUAGGAAAUUAGAAAUUACCAUAGAAUGAUUACAUGAGUUUUUAUUUCCAACUGUUCUUUCACAGUAGUAUAAAUAUUCAUAGAAAAAAAUCUUUUUCAAAUUCUUGGUAGAGUCCUGAUUUUGUUUAAAAAGUUUGUCAUAUUUCUAUGUCCAGAUUUCUUUUUGAUAUUGCAUGUUUUUUCACUGUUUGAACUGAAGAAAACAAUAUAAAAGCAAAUACAUUUUUUUUGAAUGAAAUAAAACCCCGAACUAUUAAUAUCCCAACUCAAUAUUCAAGGAAAUUUAAAAGUGAUUCAAUGGUGUGAGAAAAAGUAAACACUUUUUCAUAAUUGCUUUACAGCACUUGUCAUAGCACAGGAUUAUGUGCUUUUUAAACCUUAUAAAAGAAGGUGUUUUUUUUUAGUUUUAUGCCAUAUUUAUGAUGUAUUGAAAUUCCUUUAAAAAAUGAAUAUAAUUUCAAUCUUUUUAGGUCAUUUCCAAAGCCAGUGAUACUAUGAUAUUUUUGUAUUAUAUUUGUACAUGAAAUUACAUUGUAUUGUGCAAUCUUAUUGCAUGACUCAUAUAAACCUCCUACAUCAAUGAAAUUCUAGGUACAUUAUACAUAAUAUUGGUUAUAAAUAUUGAAGUUUUAUUGCUUAUAAUUCACUCCUUUUCUUUCAAAUUUCAUAUGGUUUGCUCAAGUUUGAAAAUUCAUCUUCUUUUUAAUAAACUGCAUUAAACUUAAAAACUAUCUUUUUAGGACAGUCAUAACUACCCACAGUCACUUUCUCAUAGAGGGGAAAAAAGAAUCUGAGAAAGUCAGAGGGUUUUAUUUCAGUGUCAAUGAGAGAUGAGGUAGUAACGUUUACUUUCUUUCAUUUUGUGUGUGGAAAACUUGAUAUUAAUUCAAAGAUGUGUGAUGUCAUUCUCAAAUACCGUACAUGUAUUUCAUUAUUUGAGAGUUUUCAACAUACUCAUAAUUUGGUGAUUUUUUUGCCAAUAUUUUCUACAUAUCCUGCAAUAUGUUACAUUCAUUCAUAUUCAAAUGAUAUUUUUCAUGUUAAAUAUUUUUGUAGUCAUUUGUGUGAAAAAUAAAAUUUCAGUGUAAAAAAAAAAAAAUCAAUAGAAUCUGAGCAAUUAAUAGUUUGGACUCGAACCUAGUUAGCAAUCUUCUAGUCUGGUGUGAUAUGAUAAUUUCUGAAAUCUGAGAUGUACAUUUGGGUAUAAAAACAUUUUUGCUAAUGUUACUUAAAUUGUGAAAAUUAAGCUAUUGAAUUGACAGCGUAAAUUAUUCAUCAUCAUCUUUUCUUCAAAUAUUUGAUAUGUUUAACAGGAUGUGUGAUUGGUAUGUUCCUAUACUACCAUUAUGGUCCCUUCACUCACAUAUGACAGGAACAGAUGUGUGAUUGGUAUGUUCCUACACUACCAUUAUGGUCCCUUCACUCACAUGUGAUAGGAACAGAUGUGUGAUUGGUAUGUUCCUAUACUACUAUUAUGGUUCCUUCACUCACAUGUGACAGGAACAGAUGUGUGAUUGGUAUGUUCCUAUACUACCAUUAUGGUCCCUUCACUCACAUGUGACAGGAACAGAUGUGUGAUUGGUAUGUUCCUAUACUACCAUUAUGGUCCCUUCACUCACAUGUGACAGGAACAGAUGUGUGAUUGGUAUGUUCCUAUACUACCAUUAUGGUCCCUUCACUCACAUGUGACAGGAACAGAUGUGUGAUUGGUAUGUUCCUAUACUACCAUUAUGGUCCCUUCACUCACAUGUGACAGGAACAGAUGUGUGAUUGGUAUGUUCCUAUACUACCAUUAUGGUCCCUUCACUCACAUGUGACAGGAACAAAUGUGUGAUUGGUAUGUUCCUAUUCUACCAUUAUGGUCCCUUCACUCACAUGUUACAGGAACAGAUGUGUGAUUGGUAUGUUCCUAUACUACCAUUAUGGUCCCUUCACUCACAUGUGACAGGAACAGAUGUGUGAUUGGUAUGUUCCUAUACUACCAUUAUGGUCCCUUCACUCACAUGUGACAGGAACAGAUGUGUGAUUGGUAUGUUCCUAUACUACCAUUAUGGUCCCUUCACUCACAUGUGACAGGAACAGAUGUGUGAUUGGUAUGUUCCUAUACUACCAUUAUGGUCCCUUCACUCACAUGUGACAGGAACAGAUGUGUGAUUGGUAUGUUCCUAUACUACCAUUAUGGUCCCUUCACUCACAUGUGACAGGAACAGAUGUGUGAUUGGUAUGUUCCUAUACUACCAUUAUGGUCCCUUCACUCACAUGUGAUAGGAACAGAUGUGUGAUUGGUAUGUUCCUAUACUACCAUUAUGGUCCCUUCACUCACAUGUGAUAGGAAUUUCUGUCAUGGUACUUUGUAAGGAAUUGUAAUUUGUAAAAAUGUUUUUUUUUUUUUUUUUCUAUGAUAGAGAGUGAUAUGUUUUAGAGAUUUAAUUUUGAAAAUGAUUUGUUUUUAAAAGCCAAAAACAAUAUCAAACUAACUACAUUUUACAGAUUCAGGUAUUUCCAACAAUCAGUUAUAGACUUUCUUAUCAGUUACAAAGUGUUUGGCAAAACCCAUGUUCCCUUCAGCAUCUUACCUCAACAUUUAGGAACAUAUGCCCGCUGAUUCUGUCAGGUGAGGUAUGACAAAAACUUCAAAGACCUUCAUUAGCAUUUACACCUGAAAAUGUAACCAUAAAAAUGUAGACGAAUGGGUCAUUCCACAUAACUUAAAAGAUCUGUGACUUUUGGUUUCACAGGAUUUAUUCAGCUUCCAUGCUUCAAAAAACAACGAUUUGAUACAUAGAUCCAGGUUUACCUUACACCGAAUGUCACAGCUCUGGUCAGGUCAAUCAGUUGUCUGCAUCUAUCCUUGCAAAGUCAUUAGUCUUUGUAUUCCAUUAUAUAUUCACUUUCAAUAAAAGUCCUGUAAUAAUUUCUGCAAAUGAGUGUUAUGGGUAUGUUCUUUAUUUGAAUGAAUGGAAAGUAUUGAGUGUGACAGCCAUUGGUGAAAAAUAUGAAAACAAAAAGAAUUUGUGUGCAAUGUAGUGCAUGUAUAUAUUAAGUUACAUAUCUGUAAUCAAAUCGUUGUAAAAAGUGGAAUAUUAUUUGUUUUGCAAAAGGCCAAUAUUUUUUGUUUUUUUACAAAUUCAUAAAUGCUCCUUUUAAAAAAGUGCAUAAUCUUAUCAUAUCAUAAUACAUUUAUUUGUUUUCUUUUUCUUCACAAUAUCCUGGGACUUUGUUUUGACAUAUUAUUUGAAGUCCUGAAAUAUAUUUUGUGUGUAAAUCUGUGUUUUAUCAAUGUUGCUAUAGCUGUAAUAUAACAGUGCCAAUGUUUAUAUCAUAUCUUAAUAUAUUAAAAAAUGUCAAUAAAAGAAAUUCAAACAAACAUUAUCUGUUUGAAUCACAAUAUCUGUGCGAUACUGCGGUUGACACAGACUUGUUGGCAUUUCUUUGUUUCAUUGUUAUGUUAAAUUUUUGUCUUGGAACUGUAUUCACAGGUGGGUGCUUGUAAAACUCAAUAAACACAAUUUUCAGUAGAAA